AUGUUUAUUUGGGAGUCUACAAUGUCUGUCUUGAUUUCAGAUGCAGCUUUUCUUCGCAUCACUCCAGACCAACUGCAGCACUUUCAGUACGAGUCCGUCUCUUUUCAUUGUGACGGGACUGCUGGUUCCACUCAAUUGAGGGUGAUCAGGAAUACUAUAGAAUACAAUGUGGAAUGUGAUAUUAAGAGUGGGUCCUUGUGCACCAUUGAUCAAAUCUAUCCAGCAGACAGUGGAGAGUACUGGUGUGAGACUGAAGGAGGAGAGAGAAGCAACAGUGUCAACAUCACUGUUGCUGCAGGUUCUGUGAUCCUGGAGAGUCCUGUCCUUCCUGUGAAAGAAGGAAUCAAUGUGACUCUGAGCUGCAGGAAGAAGUCGACUUCCUCCAACCUCCCAGCUGAUUUCUACAAAGAUGGCCGCCUCAUCAUCAGCAGCUCUACAGGAAACACAACCAUCUGGGGUGUUUCUAAAUCUGAUGAAGGACUCUACAGGUGCAGCAUCUCUGAUGGUGGAGAGUCAGCAGAGAGCUGGCUGGCUGUCAGAGAGACUCGUCCCUCCUGGGAUCACUCCAUUUAUCUUCUCCUCCUCUUGAGGACGGUGUUCACCAUAGUGAUGGUGGCUCUGCUGCUGCUGCUGGUGGGACUGCUUCACUGUGGGAAACUCACAGUUACACAAAAAUAA